AUGUUACAAGAAAGGGAUUUAGCAAGAGAACCAUGCCCAGAUAGAAUAAUAGAAGACAUGGGUGGAGCUUUUGGCAUGGGAUGUGUAGGAGGAUAUAUAUGGCAUUUUUUAAAAGGCGCAAGAAAUAGUCCAAAGGGAGAUGUGUUAAGUGGUGCUUUAUAUAGUAGCCGUAUGAGGGCACCUAUUUUAGGAGGAAACUUUGCCGUCUGGGGAGGUACUUUUAGCUGUUUUGAUUGUGCCUUUCAGUAUUUAAGAAAAAAGGAAGAUCACUGGAAUGCUAUUGGAAGUGGUUUUUUUACUGGGGGAGUUUUAGCCAUGAGAGGGGGGUGGAGGUCUGCUUCAAGGAAUGCUAUUGUUGGGGGUGUUUUACUGGCUAUUAUAGAAAUAGUUUCUAUUGUGUUAACACGCAAAACGACUCCAACACCUAGACAACAGUUUCAACAACAGAUGGAAUUAGAAAAAAAAAUGUCUUCGAAAAACAGUAAAUAA